AUGUCACCCACACAGCAACGAUCCGUGGACAAGACAAUGCGGAAUAACAUCGCCAAGGUUGGCUUCUCUUGCACUCACCACGGAAAAAACAAUGGCACUGCUGACACUACCUCUUCCUCCCAGGUCUGUCUCAACCUUCAGGAUCGACUGGGCCUCGCCAAAGUCAAAUACCAACAGGGUCGGUUGGCUCUGUCCGACUGCAAAGACAGUGAUGAUCGAUGGGCAUCCGACAAACCGUCCGACUCCUCCUCGGAGGCCCCUCCUAGCCGCUACGAAACGCCUCUGACCUCGUCGCCCGUACGGAACAUGACGUUUUCCCACGAGCUGCCUCGGUCGGCCAAAAAUAAGCAUGCCGCCACGUUCAAUUCAGACGUGAUGCAGCCAAUGCUGAAUGCCAGCCGAAAGCGAGUGCGGUCUGAUUCGGUUACGGAACGGCCAGCAAAGGCCCGAAGAAGGACAUCGUGGAAGGCUUCUCACCAGCUGCCGGAAUCCUCGCCUGGCCUUGCCCGCCAGUUGCCAAUCUACUCGAACCACCCUCCGGCAUUGGACGCCCCAGGCUCUGCAUUCCCUGGCAAUUCAGACGAGGAAAAUGACCUCGAGCUUCCUGCUCGUCGGUUCAACAACGUCAGUUCCUCCAUGAUCAGCUCUUCUCCGCCGCGGACGCCGCCCCUACAGGCGGCCCGAUUGCCGAAAAAUGAUAAAGACCUGGAGCACGAAGAUGGAGCGGAUCUACUGCUUUAUUUGGCAAACUCUCCCACCCCGGCGAGGAUCAAUACCAAAUCGCAGACACGGGACUUUCCUCCAUCCACCCCGCCAAGUCAGUAUGCCGCUUUGCCAUCGUUGACGCCCACGCCAGGAAAUGGUGGCUUCCCCAACCUUGGUACCCCGGGACAGCAGUUCAACUUUGCCGACUUCGUCAACGUUACCCCAAGUCCUGCCCAACGUCCCUGGGGUGGCCGGACCCCAGGGAAUAUGUCCAAGACCCCGCUCAUGAGGACUGCUCGGAAGUCGUUGAAUUUCGACAACCUGGUGCCUCCAGACAUGAACAGCCCGAUCGGACGCAACAAGAACACUGGCCUGGCCCUGCAGCUGGGUGACGAGCUUCGGCCGUGA